GAAUAGUAAAUAAAACAGAUGGAAAUAUACUUGAUGGAUAAGAAAAGAAAGUACAAUACUGAAAAGGAGGUGUCGGAUAUCGAAAUCCAGUUUGUUGACACAGCGAUUCUUGUUGCAAUUUAAUUAAUAAAAUAUAUAUACAUACUGCGUAAUAGUUUAAAUAAUAACGUAGCUUUGCUACUUGCAAACUUAAAGGCAAAGAUGCCAACGAAUAACACCAGUUCCAAUUUUAAGACUUUCAAAGUGGUGCUAUUGGGUGAAGGUUGUGUUGGCAAAACUUCAAUCGUUUUACGUUAUGUCGAAGAUAAAUUCAAUCCUCAACACAUCAGCACCUUGCAGGCUUCAUUUCUAACUAAAAAGCUAACUUUAGAGGAUGGUAGCCGAGCACAUCUUAACAUCUGGGAUACUGCUGGACAGGAACGUUUUCAUGCUCUCGGACCUAUCUAUUAUCGUGGAUCACAUGGUGCCAUACUUGUCUAUGAUAUUACCGAUGAAGAUUCCUUUCAAAAGGUAAAAAAUUGGGUAAAAGAACUUAAACGUAUGCUGGGUGCUGAAAUUGUUAUAACAAUUGUGGGCAAUAAGACGGAUUUAGAUGCACAACGCACGGUGCCACAAGAUGUAGCAUUAGAAUAUACCGAAAGUGUGGGGGCACACUAUUUCGAGACAUCUGCCAAAGCCAAUGAAGGCAUAGAGGAGCUAUUCACAGCGCUUACACAAUUGAUGAUACAACGUCAUGCUCAACGCGAACAAGAAACUAGUUCAUUGCGUCUGAUGCAGGGUGGACGUACGUCACAACGGUUGAUAGUUGAGGAUGACUCACAGGAUGGCGAUGAAGAGGGCAGACAAACGCCUACAACGAAUAGGUCAUGCUGUGGUGCUGGUUAAAAUAGUAGGGUUUAUUUAAUUAAAUUGUAAACACCCAAACUACAAAACACUUGUUAAAGGGGAAGGGUGGCAAAAGUAGCGUAAUGAGAGUGUGUAAAUGCAAAUGAUGAUAAAAAAAAAAA